ACGCUCUUUAACAACAUAGCAUGUUUUUCACCCUCCUCCCUGCUUGUGUUUCAGGAUUCAGGAAUCCCAGACUCAUUUCCCGUCUACCACUACAAUGGUCUUAAACAGUCCAACCACAAAGAGAGGGUGGAGUACGUAGAAGGGACCGCUCUCGUGCUAGGUUUCGAGGACCCGAUGGUUCGGACGGACGACACCCCCGUGAAGCGCUGCCUACAGACCAAGUGGCCCUACAUCGAGCUGCUGUGGACCACCGACCGCUCCCCGUCGCUGAACUAACGCCGAAACAGCCCCGUGCGUCUGUGGAUGGACCAGUACUGCCCCACCACAAACACACCCAGCUUCCCCUCCGCACACUGACCCCCUCCCAAAAAAGGUCGGCAGCUUACAAAGACGGAGACAAAAAAAAACACACAGACCAAUGAGGAAAAAAAAACACAAAUGCACACAAACAUGUUCAUGGACUAAACAUUUAAAGCCUGAGAUCCAUUUUUUUUUCCAUCCUCACUCACACAUUCCACUCAAAUGCAAACUACAGCUAACGCUAUUGUCUGUUCACCACGGCUUGUAAUCGACACGCAGGAUGUUUAUGAUGUGAUUAUUUAAAAAG